GUGUUAACCCUCGUCUUUGGGCUUGUUGUAAGGUCGCGGCGUUCAGUAGCGGGCAGGCAUUCAAAUUUCUCCGCUGGUCACGUGAAUGAGCAUUGCAUCUGGCUCGGAGAAUAAGAGAUAAGAAUCUUGACAUAUAUCUGAUUGAUUCGCAGCGCACAGUAAACAAAGUUGGGUUUCUGUGCACGGAGUAAAACAAAAAGAGGAGGAAGAACCGAGCGCUCCUCUGCAGUCCCUCCUUCGCUCCUCAACCGCCUGCCUACAAGAUGGAACGGCGGCAAUGGCUCAUCCUGGGUGGGUCUUUGGGUGCCUUCGUCGUGCUUGUCGUCGUCGCGUUACUCAUGUUGUCGUACCUAGGAAUAAUGUGAAUGAAGAAGAUCUAAGGAUUUCGUGCUCAUGGAGGAGGCGCCGCAGGACGAGGACGAACCGCCCGAGGUGGAGACGUGUCUGGCGACGAUUUGCCCCGAUGUCCCGGCUUGGAUUCACGGCCGAGUGCGGAGGUGGACGCAAAGACGCAGCAACCCAGCAUGGCAAUCGCUCGCUCCACCUUCACCUACGUCGACAUCGUGUUUGUGGUCAUCUUGAUUCUGCUGCAGCCUUCGUGGUCAUUAGGGAUUGGCCGAACCGAAGAGGUGCCGCCACGCCUUCACCCCUCUCGCUGCACCAGGAACAUCAACGCAGGAGGAGGAGGCGGUCCUAGCGAAGACACCAGCAGCACCUCCCCGCCGCCCACGAUUCACUCUUCCUUGAUCCAUGGCCUUUGGGCGCGAUGCCGGUUUGGCUGCAACGCCCUGGCUGCAAGGGGAGGGGGAGGGGGGGGGUCGAACACCGAGGGCGUCCGUCGAGGAUCCUGAAGAUUCCCCCGACUGUUUCAGCCCAAAAGGAAAACGUCAUUUGAAUCACUUCGUAGUUAAAAGAUAUGGUUUCUUGGAGAUCAUAUUUCGACAGUUCUUUUUCCGUGUUACAUUAAACUUUGAUUAAAAAAAAAGAAAAGAA